CUGGGAGGGGCAGAGGCUCAGGCUUCUGCAGUGACACUCGGAGCCAGCGCGCACUCCUUAGCCGGAGCCGCGAGGGAGCAGAGCUUAGCGUGCCGGCCGCCUAGGAGUCAGCGCCUGUCGCCGCGCACCGGGCUCUGCCCCUGCAGCCCGCGCCGGCGCUCAGCGAGCCCGCAGGUCCAGCGGCGCCGCCUCCCCGGGCGCCUCCAGCAUCCUUCCGCCGCCCGCCUCCGCCCGCGCUGCCCCGGGACCCCGGCCCGGCGCCUCUGCCUGCGCCACUUCGCUGCAAGUCCUGCGGCCGCGUGUCGCCGGCCUUCUGCACGCCUCGGAAGUUUGUAGCGCCCGCAGCAAAGUUGGGACAGUCGGGCAAUCGAAUUUUAUUUCUUCCGUCUGCCUGUGCGCUAGCGCGCCGGUCCCCUCGGUUCGUGGAUCCUGGUACUUGUCAUCUUGGUGGGAUCCGGGGACCUGGACUUUCCCCGCACACCACACCCUCCGGGAGGAAAAAAACACAACGAAACCCAACCAACCAAACUUUCCUCCUCCCGCUAGGAAAAACAAAUUCUUGAAGGAUGGACCUGCUCCAUUGGUGUCUGCUGUGGCUCCUGUUACCGCUCAUCUCGAGGACCCAGAAGCUGCCCACCCGAGAUGAGGAGCUUUUUCAGAUGCAGAUCCGUGAUAAGGCAUUUUUCCAUGAUUCAUCUGUGAUUCCAGAUGGAGCUGAAGUCAGCAGUUACCUCUUCAGACAUACGCCGAGAAGGUAUUUCUUCAUGGUUGAGGAAGACAACACCCCUCUGUCAGUCACAGUGACACCUUGUGAUGCACCUCUGGAGUGGAAGCUUAGCCUGCAGGAGCUGCCUGAGGAGGCGAGUGCGGAUGGAUCAGGUGACCCUGAGCCACUUGACCAGCAGAGGCAGCAGAUGACUGAUGUGGAGGGCACAGAACUGUUCUCUUACAAGGGCAAUGACGUAGAGUAUUUUCUGUCUUCAAGUUCCCCAGCUGGUUUGUAUCAGGUGGAGCUUCUUUCAACAGAGAAAGACACACAUUUCAAAGUGUAUGCCACCACCACUCCAGAAUCUGAUCAGCCGUACCCUGACUUGCCAUAUGACCCCAGAGUUGAUGUGACCUCUGUCGGACGUACCACAGUCACUUUAGCCUGGAAACCGAGCCCCACAGCCUCUUUGUUGAAACAACCCAUAGAGUACUGUGUGGUAAUCAACAAGGAACACAAUUUCAAAAGUCUCUGUGCAGUGGAAACAAAGAUGAAUUCGGAUGAUGCCUUCAUGGUGGCACCCAAACCUGGCCUGGACUUCAACCCCUUUGACUUUGCCCAUUUUGGAUUUCCAACAGAUAAUUUGGGUAAAGAUCGAAGCUUCCUGGCAAAUCCUUCUCCCAAAGUGGGGCGCCAUGUCUCCUGGAGGCCCAAGGUUGACAUUCAGAAAAUCUGCAUAGGAAACAAAAAUAUUUUCACAGUCUCUGACCUGAAGCCUGACACUCAGUACUACUUUGAUGUCUUCAUGGUCAAUACCAACAGCAACAUGAGCACAGCUUACGUGGGUGCCUUUGCCAGAACCAAAAAGGAAGCAAAACAGAAGACAGUGGUGCUCAAAGAUGGGAGGGUCACCGACGUGUUUGUUAAAAGGAAGGGGACAAAGUUUCUACGGCUUGCUCCAGCUUCCUCUCACCAAAAGGUCACCUUAUUUAUUCACUCUUGUCUGGACACUGUUCAAGUACAAGUGAGAAGGGAUGGAAAGCUGCUCCUGUCUCAGAAUGUGGAAGGCAUUCGGCAGUUUCAGCUCAGAGGAAAACCCAGAGCAAAAUACCUCAUUCGGCUGAAAGGCAACAAGAAAGGAGCAUCCACGUUGAAAAUACUGGCUACCACCAGGCCCAGUAAGCAGGAAUUCCCUUCUCUUCCCCAAGACACAAGAAUCAAAGCCUUUGACAACCUACGCACCUGCUCUUCCGUCACCGUGGCUUGGCUGGGCACCCAAGAAAGGAGAAAGUUUUGUAUCUACAGAAAAGAAGUGGAUGGAAACUACAGGGUAGACCAGAGAAGAAGAGACCAAAACCAGUGCCUCGGACCAGACACUAGGGAGAAGUCAGAGAAGGUCCUUUGCAAAUACUUCCAUGGCCAAAACCUGAAGAAAGCAGUGACCACAGAGACAAUCCGAGAUCUACAGCCUGGCAAGUCUUACCUGCUGGAUGUCUAUGUCGUAGGACACGGGGGACACUCUGUGAAGUAUCAGAGUAAAGUCGUGAAAACAAGGAAGGUCUGUUAGUUACCUUGAGUGGAGAUGUGUAGACCUACAGGAGAGACGUGAAAUCACUUUGCCUGUAAACUGACUACUCCCACACGGCAAACGGAAGUUGUGACCUGUGCUUGAAAGAAGAUGCCAACCUGUGUACAUUAAUGUCUGUCUAACAUAACCUGUAGACUUGUAUUCACACACAGCUGUGGAACUUACGGUCCAUCUGUCUGAUGUUGGUUGAUGUCAAACAAAGAGGGUAUCUUGAUGGAUACCACUCUUUGCUUUGACCAUUGCAUGAACUGCUUCUAAAUUAUUUUAUUACCUAAAAAUUUAAAAUAUGCCGUUCGUUGCACACAUCACAAAUGCAUAUCAUUCCUCUCUAUAGAUGUUAGGGGAAAUAUAUAAAUAUAAAUAUAAAUAUAAAUUAUUUUAUAAAGUCUGUUUUAAAUGUUGAUGUUCCUAUUAUUGUAAGCUAUUAAAUUCUUUCUCUGUUAAAGCAUAGAUCUAAUCAAAGAUCACAUCACCCUCUCAGCAGUAAUAUUGUUGUUGUAAAUUCUUAUUUGUUCAGUAAAAUGUUUAAAUUCUGUAUGUAUCUCAUGUAAAAAGUUGAUAUACAUUAUAUUCAUGUACAUAAAAUUAAGGAUAUUAGAUUAUUACACUGUUUGUUUUCCCAAGCAGUACCGUGGUGCUUUCAGUUUCUCAUCUGUCCUUAAAACUGUGCUUCUCUGUAACUUGGCAUAAAAAAUUUAGUCUUCUUUAGUAGCUGGAUGAAAUGUUGCCUCUCUUGACAUUUACUGGCAUCAAGAGCCAGUUAUUCCAUCUGGAUUUGCACAUCAAGUGGGAGCCGUCCUUUGUGGGAGCCCAAGAACCAUUAUAGGCUUGUUUGAGACUAGGACCAGCCAAACACUAUCAACCUGAUGAACAAUCAUUUUAAGUAUUUAUUUUAAGUGGCCAAAUUGAGACAGGAUAAGUAUUUUCCAUUUGCUUAAAUUGUGGCAAACCUUUUUAACCACUACCUGAAGCAAGUGAAAACACAUUGAUUAGGACUUUUAUCAGUCAUAACACAGCCAUUACAUCUGCUAUUUAUGACACUCACAAAACACUGCCGAAGUUAACUUUGCGUUUUCAUCUGUUUUUAAAGGUAAUUCAAGUGUAAGAUAUAAGACUGGCAGAUAACAGGGCAUGCCUCUACCAGGGCAGCAUGAGGCCAGUUUUAUCCUCGACAGAUUUUACUCAAGAAAUCCUAAAACAUCACGAUACCACAGGAGCAUGAUUCAGAAAUACCUAUAAGUUUUAAUCAUCUAAAACAACGUGACUUUAGGACAGCCCGUCACUGCCCAGCAUUCCCCUUUCCCAUUCAUCAAGUUGGGGUAGUGUAGAUGAGGAUGCAAUGACACUGUUAGAUACUCUCUGCCAUAAGAAGCUGCCAUUUGCAAAACUCCAGCUCUAACACAUAUGUUUUAUGGCUUCCGAGGGGACAGGCACAGUUGCUUUCUUUGCUGCACACCAGCACAGCCUUUGCCAGUGAGAGUUCAGCAGCAGCGUUGCUAUGGAAUAUAGGAACACUGUGACUGAGAGGGACCUACUCACAGUCCCUGAGACAUGUGCUCUGCUGACCUUAGGAGGAAAUGCAUCCGUUACGACACACCUUCUGACUCCUCAGCAGUAACUUUCCAGCACAACCGAUCCGUCCUUGCAAUGCAGGAAUGCCACCUGAAAUACCUUUUUGAAAGCUGAAGACUAUCUACCCAAUGCUCUAUUUAAGCAACUGCAAUACAUGGAGAGGCUGACAACGUCCAGGUAAACUAUGUUCAGCUAUGAACAUGGGAGAAAAAGCUUCCUAAUAUUUGCUGAGCAACUUGUGAGCGAGAAUAUAGUAAGCCAGCUUUAUUGCUACUUUCAAGGUCUGGGCUCUUGGGUACUGCCUAAUACGUGCAGGCUGGGAGCCAGGCUGAGGUGAUCUAACUAAGCUUUUAGUUCUCUGUUGGGUGUGAAGGUGAUUUCUUCAUAUUAUGGACAAAUACAAGAAUCUUCUCAUGGCUUUAGAAAACAUUUGCCUUUUAAAACUAAGGAAUAUGGAAGAAACCGGGAAACUUCUAUUCAUAACAAAGGAGAAACCUGUGCAAAUCAUGUCCUGCUACUCACUGAUGUGCUAAGAUUCCAAGAGCAUCUAGGUAGAUUAGGAACAAGAAGGAAGGAUUCCUUCACAUUUUGAAAAGAACCACAAGCUUGCUUACCUAAAAACAAAACCUGGCCUAUGCUAAUUUCUGAGUGAACAAUAGAUACCGAGGAGAAUGAUGCAUGCCAGAUGUCAUGUGUAGACAGGUAUUGAGAAGAGAAGGUUUUGAGAUAUUUAGCUCAUAAUCUUUACUUUUCAAGUGCAAUGACAGAGAAAGUACAGAAUACAUUUAAAACAAAAGAAACGAAAAUAGAAAAUUUUUUGCCCAAGUGUGAUAGUACGCUCUGAUCCAGCACCCAUGAGACAGAGGGAAACAGAGCUCUGUGAGUCUGAACUCAGCCUGAUAUGUUUGGUGAGUUCCAGGCCCUCUAAGGGCUAAAAGGUGAAAAACAAAACAAAACAAACAAACGAAUGGUUUUAUAAUUGAAAUAGUUAAGUAGGCUACUAUGUACACUCCAAAAUCCUUUCCAAAUACAAGUCAUGAUUUUUGAUUGAAAAAAAAAGUCAUUUGUAGGUUAGUUUUUUUAAAGUAAUCUUUUAAUGCUCGUUAUUUCUGAUUUUCUCAAGAAUGUGUGUUGUCUAUAACUGAUCACUUCAGAGUUGUAAGAAAAAAUUUUAGAGACAAAGUAUUUCUACUGUAUGUUUGCAUACACAUAGUUAAGACCUAGACUGUGGAGUCUAAAUUAUUAAGAAACUACAAAAACAUAGCAGAUUUUUAAAAUUAAUUUUUAAUCAGUAUCUCGAUUUUUUUUAUGGGUGUUUUGCUUGCAUGUAUAUCUGUGCACCAAGUCUGUCUCUGGUGUCUGUGGAGGCCAGAAUUUUGUGUGACUCCCCUAGAACUGUGGGUGCAGAUUGUUGGAGCCACUUUUUGCUCCUAAAAACCUCAAUCCUCUGGAAGAGCACCAGUGUUCUUAAUACCGGAACAUCUCUUUAGCCCCUACAUCAGUUUUAAAACAUGCACUCAAAGAUUAGAGCUGAAAAUUGCACAAGCAUCCUUGGAUUUUGUUGCCCAGAACUCAUCUGAAGUAAGUACAAUUUCCAUGUCCCAAAUAGUCAAGUGGAUUACAAGAGCCCAGUUUAAUCUGAUGCAUUUUAGAAUUUGAGCAGCACUUAGGGCUUCUUUAAAAUUGUUUGAAUUGUUUCACUGUGUGCACGGGCGUUCUCUGUGCAUGGGGGCCCUUUGCCUGCAGAAGACAAAGGAGACCACUGGAGCUCUUGGGACUGGAGGAACACAUGGUUGUGAACUGACAGGAGGAUUAUGGGGAGUUGAACCUGGGUCCUCUGGAAGAGCAGCAAGUGCUCUUCUCCACUCAGCCAUCUCACUGACCUCAUCAAUUAAUCCUUGUUGAUUACCUUGGGGGCGGUGUUAGGUGUGGGCAUGCUCAUUGAAAUCACACGUAUACACAUUUUUUGUCUUGCAAUUUGGUGAUUAAGGUGGUGUUUAAUCCAAGACCCCUUCCAGCACUUUACCAACUCCUCCUGUGGACCAACUAGCAGCCGCUCCCGAGAUCUACUCCAGACACCAGCCCAGGCUUCUUCUUCUUUUUCUUUAAAUUUUAUAUAAUUUUUUAAAUUUUUUAUUUAACUUUUAUUAAUUACACUUUAUUCAUUUUGUAUCCCCCCAUAAGCCCCUCCCUCCUCCCCUUCCGGUCCCACCCUCCACCCCCUUUCUGCAUGCAUGGCCCUCCCCAAGUCCACUGAUAGGAGAGGUUCUCCUCUGCUUCUUUCUGAUCUUAGUCUAUCAUUUCUCAUCAGAAGUCAGCCCAGGCUUCUUAACUCCUUCCCAAUACUUUGCCAGCGCUUUCCUGGAUCAUCUGUCACUGCUGUCCGACCUUACAAUGAGAAAUCUGAGGUCUCCUAGCUUCCUUCACUCCCGGCUUACUGCUUACUCGGGACUUGGUUUUAAGCAUGGGUUCACGUUAAGGAAGCAUACAACAGCUUACCCAACUGAUUCCUACAGACCAGCUGGCUGAACAGCAAAACGAAACAAUGCCUGCUGGCCAACUUGAGCAAGCUCAUUUGCAGCUUCACCAUGCUGGCUUCCUUUCCUACUUUGAUAAGGUGUCCUCCACUGGGAACCUGCCUUUAGCUUUCCUUCCUCCCACUCCCCCACCCCCCACACCCCCGGACCAAGCCAAUGUGACUUCAUGAAGCCCAGCCAUCAGCUGUCAUCUAGUUGUAGGUUUCUGGGUGCCCUGGAAGGCAUCGUAGCACAUUCACCAUUGGUUUUCUCCCAGGGAGCUUUGGCCAGAAAAAUAACACCGUAGUUGUGAUAUCUGGGCUUUUGUUGUUGGUUUGAAAAUGGGAAGUACAAGAGAGAAGAGCAGACCAAAAAAGUAGAGUACCAAAAGAAGAGCAGUUAAAGAAGAGCAGUUUUGUCUAGUUUCCUUUUCUGGGAGGCCCAAGAGAUGAGACGUGGAUGUUGUAAUACAAUCUGGUUUUAUUAAGACCUUUCAUACUGUCCUACAUGCAACUCACCCUGGAAAUUCUGACCCAAAUCAGCAUCGCUAUUAAAAUUGUACCGCGACAGACACUUUUCAUUUCUUAGGAGUGCCCAAACAUGUGUAUAAACAGGGUAGGCUUAACUUCUCUUUAUACCUUUUCCUUCCAACCAUGAGAAGUAGUUUAGUAAACAAAAUUUAGCCUAUAUUUCUUUCACAGGUAGUUUUACAAUCUCCUUCUUACUUGCAAAGGAAAAAGAAAGGUUGAUGAUAAACCACCUAGAUAGACAAUUGGCCUAAGAUUGAAGAAUUGGGUCCUAGGUGUACUGAUGAUGCUUUGUUGUCCCUAAGAAGGUCUCAGUAGAGACAGAAAGGGACCAGCUUUGGAGGUGAGGGAGGACCCAGGGUCCUAGUCAAACCCAAGGAUGCUUAUCUUAUUCUGCAGUACCAUGUUUUCACAGCUGGAGAGAUCACAUCGAAAGGCAGUUACAGACAAGGAUGCUACUGGAAUGUAGUCUCUACUCACUAAGCCUCUUAGAACUUUCCGGAAAGUGGUGUUCCAGAAACUUGUUAGAAAUGUAGUUUGAGACUAAGCCAGGGGCAGACAUAUAAGUUAACCUCCUAGAACAGAACCUUUCCUCAAGAGAUCAGAUAUGGAAAUACUUUUUGAGUGAAGACAGAGGUGUAAAUUACUGGAGUUAGCAGAGAUCAGUUCUGAUUGAGGGUGACGGGAUGCAGAUGGUGCAAUCUAGAAAACAAAACCAAAUUGUAAAUGAGAUGUGGAAUGAACCUGCUGUUUCAGCUUGGCCCUGGCAUAAAUCUGGGCUAUGUAAGCAGCAGUUUCAAACCAUAGUCUCCCUCCGCUCCUCUCCCUCCUCCCCCCUCGACUCCAUUCCUUCCCCUCAGUCAUCCCCCUCCCUUCAAUCUUUUUCUCCCUCUCCCUUUCUCUCCCCACCUUCUUACAAAUACUUCCUGAGAUCAGUAUCCAUAUAAAUUGUCAUAAUUUGGAAAUAAGCAAAUAUGCAGUUCUUGUAUGCAUUUGCCUCUUAGUAUAAUCUCUCCAACUGUGCAAACAUGGUAGCACAGGGUACUAUAAGCAGUUGUUUCAGGUCGAACCUUACAAAGCCCCAAGGUAUUCAUAUCUGAUUAUUAGUCUAACAGAUUUUUGCUUCUGAGAAAAAGAUAUAUACUAAGGAGAACAAAGCAGUUAACACUUGGGGCACAGAAGGCUGAUUGAGCCAUUUUAGAAGAUGUUUCCUGAACUGUCAAGGAGGACUUAGCAUAGGAGUACCUUCAUCGCACUGGCUGGAAUAGUCACACAGUGCUAGACAGACACCCCAACAACCAGGGAAAAGGUCUGUUCUAAAGAUGCUCUCUAUCUGGGGCUGGGAAGUGGCUCAGAGGUUAAGAGCACUGGCUGCUCUUCCAGAGGAUGAGAGUUCAAUAUUCAGCAUAUACACAGCCACUCAGAACCAUCUGGAACUCCACUCUCAUAACCAACAUCCCUUUCUGGCCUCUGCAGCCACCAAGCAUGAAUGUGGUGCACAGACAUUAUACAGACAAAACAUCCAUACAGCAGAUGGCUACAAGCCAUUAACAGCACUGCUGUGGUCCAAUGUUUGGUUUCCAUGCAGAUCAGCAGUGGCUAAACCUUAGAACAGUUAAUGCUUUCUGCAUUUUCUAGAUAUAAUAAGAACUUUAGGUGAGACAAAUAAGCACACAUACAAUUGCUUAAAUAAAGAAAUAACAUUCCAGUAGUUUUAUCGUGACAAGUGUAUUAUAAGCCAUUUAAGUUAGUGGCACUAACUAUCUCCUCACGGAGGUAAGGUUUGUAACUACUGCUCCCCAGCUGUAAGUUACAGGUUGUUGAAUUCUGUGGCUUUUCAUCAACACAAGACUCAGCGCUCAGGUAUGGGGAAAUGGCAGAAAUCUGAAAGAAGGAUACAGAGUCACAACAUGAACAAUUCAUUCUGUGCAUGGCUGACUGACGCAGUAGAGACUGGUCCUUCAAACACGGCUGUGUGCUGAGCAAACUUAGAGGCUCUCAAUAUCAAACACUCGCCCGUUUGCCAUGGGCAGGCAUUCCAGGGGCCCAACUUGAAGAGGGCAGAUGUGUACUGAGUUCUUGAGAUUUUGGUUGACAAACAUACAGAAUAUUCAUAUUCUGCUGUAGGAAUCUUGAAAGAACAGAACUACUGUUUUCUAAUGUCUCGGAGGACUUAAACAAGGUCUUAGAUUGCUUAUUGCCCCUCACAAAGCCACCUCCUACUUUCAAAGUCUUAGUGACUUACCCUUAUUCAAAGGAGGAAAAUACAUUGUUUUCUUCAGGGGUUUGUGUUUCUCUGCUGAAGUUAUUCUUCUUAAUCAGAGAAAGAAGAGUGGUAGAAAUGAAACUUUGGGUGUUUUUUUUUUUUUUAACUUCUGGAACUUACACAUCCUUAUUUGUAAAAUGAGGAUGCUGAUGGUUGCCAUGUACUUCACAAUGAGCGCCGGACCUCUGAAACACAGUACUUCAACCCUCAUAGCCACAGUCAGAUGAAGGCAGGAUUGCAUUCUCGCUUAACAAAAGGAAAGAACAAAGAAAGCAUACACAGUGCCCAAGGCCACAGGUUAAGAUGGAGUAGAACCAGGAUGUAUGAGCUCUAGACAUAUGCAUCUUUCUGUAUGCCCAUUCAGUUAGGGUAUCACUAGGAUAGGGUAUGGCCAGGAUUGGGUACUGCAAAGCCAGUUGAAACAAGGGGAAAUUAACAUGCUUGCACAUUGACAGAUUGCCUGUGAGAUGAAUAAAUGUGGACAGCUAGAAACAGAAGAGAAACAAUUGAUUAAUUGCUGAGUUCUUAACAUUAUGUGGUGUUUUCCCAUCUUACACUGUGUCUUAUGCUACCACAAUAAAAAUGUUUGGUAUUUGAUUCUGAUUGUUAUUCUAUAGAAUUCGCUGUAAUUCUUAUAUAUGGUGUGACUGUUUGUAACAUGUAGUAAUAAAGGUAUCUUUAAUGCUCCUGUUCA